UGCAGAACCUCAGUCCAGGUUCCUGCCAUCUGACCUGGAGACUCGGAUCAGAUAUUCCAGGAUCCUGAACCUGGAAAGUGAAAGCAGCAGUCUGCAGGUCAGAGGGACGGAGGUUCCAGGAACUCUUCAGAUGUAAAAGCUUUUUAAUCUGACCUCCAAACAGCUGAUUUGGUUUCUAAACCAAUGCAACCAGCAGAAGCUGUAAUCUGGUUUUAAUCUGGUUCCAGUGUGAAAGCAAACCGAGUCCAGCUCUGCUGUGGAGGAUCGGAUUAGAAAGUCGCCCUUUGACUCUAACAUCCUUUUUUACUCCCAGCUGAUCUGCAUUCCUGCUCCGCCGUGUUUUCGGUUUCCUGCAGCUCGCUCGGCCUGUCCUCCUCAUGCCUCCUCCUCUCUGCACCUCCUCCUCCUCCUCCUGUCUUUUCUCUUUGCUCAGUGAGUCGCAGUAAAUCCUAUUGUGAUGCUAAACUGAUCUGGGCAGAGAGGGAAGGAGAGCAGAAGCUGCGGGUCUCAGUUGGAGCAGAUUCUCCUUCUUCUCCUCUCAAACUUUCGGGACUCCUUCCAGCCUCCAUCCGGCCUCCUGUUGGACUUUAACCGCCGCGGGAUCCGCGUCUAUCUGCGCGCGCGCCGGGAACGCGCCCUGCGGGGAGGACUGGACCCCCCCCCAUCUCUGUUUCUCUACAAUCCAGGAUUUGUAAAUGAGCAGCGAUGCACCUGUGAAGGAUCCGGGGUUCGCUUCAUUCUGGGUUCCAGCCCCGCAGGCCGGGCAUGGAGAGCCGCGGCCGGGCGGGGCUCCAGCCGGCGGGCGGAGGGGGAGGCGGCUGGGUGCUGGUGGAGGCCCGGCUGCAGGGGGGAGCUCCGUGGGGCUUCACGGUGCAGGGCGGCCUGGAGCACAGAGAGCCGCUCAUCAUAUCUAAGGUAGAGGAAGGCGGUAAGGCGGACAGCCUGGAGCAGCCUCUGUUGGUCGGGGAUGAGAUCAUCAUCAUUAAUGAGGUGGAGCUGAGCGGAUACCGACAGGAGGCCAUCGCUCUGAUCAAAGGCUCCUUCAUGACUCUGGAUCUCACCGUCCGCAGGGAGUUGGAUCCCGGAUACGUGGAGGAGUUUACAUCACCUGACUCCGUGGCUGCUCUCCUUCUCCCUUCACCUCCUCCUGCUCUCUGUUUCCAGUCCCCAUCACUGUCGCCUCCGCCACAACGGGAAACCCAGUCGUCCAAUCAGAACCGGCGAUGUUCAGCAGUCCAGCUACGCAUCAGAAACCGACGCAGUGAGCAGGCGUCUCGCCCUCAUUCCUGGCACUCCACGAAGCUCAGCGAAGGUCACCUGGACCUGGACCAGGGGAUGGUGGACUCGGUGAGCUCCUCCUGGCACCAGAGCUACCCCAGCAGUGCUUCAACCACUGACCUCUCGGGUGGCUUUGAUCCGGCGGGGGGCUACCUGAGGAAGAGCCCGGACCAGUACAGCUCCAGAGGCAGCAUGGAGAGCCUGGACCCCACCCAGUCCUCCCAUCAUCACCCAGCCGUUCAGCAGCAGCACCCGCUGGGCCACCGCAGCCACUCCGGGUCCCACCCGGCGUACUCCUCCUGCCAGCAGCUCUCCUCUGCCAGGUCCUCAAACAGCAUCGAUCACCUGCACAGCAAGCGGGACUCGGCCUACUCCUCCUUCUCUACCAGUUCCAGUAUUCCAGAGUACCUCGCCUCGGCGCCUUCGUUCAGUCCAGAGCGCUCCUAUUCUCUGGAGACCGUCCCUCAGAGGGGAGGGGGGAGUGCAGAGAUGCUGCAGGCUGACAUCCGUUACGUCCGGACGGUUUAUGACGCCCAGCAUGGUCUGUCUCAAGAGCAUGAGCUGAACUUGUCCAGAAGAUCGGGGCCAGGAAGGGAUCCUCAAGGUUCAGUUGGGGGGGUCUGCUACCGCGGUGCAAAUGGCAGCAAUGCCAGCAGCGGCGGCGGCGGCGUACCCGCUUCAAACCGACACAGUGUGGGACCCAUUUGGGGCCAGGCGGCCAGCCACAACUCCUACGAGAGCCUGAAGGGGGCCCCGGCUCCACCGAGGCGCAGCGACAGCUACGCCGCCAUCAGGAACCACGAGAGGCCGAACUCCUGGUCCAGUCUGGACCACGGCCGCUCGCUGCGGUCUCUGCAGAAAGGCUCCUGGCAUCACUCUAGCGGUCAAUUGGCUCCAGCAAAAGGAUCAUAUGGCGCUGAAGGGCAGCUCCACACUGUGAUGGAGAAGAGUCCAGAGAGCAGUCCCACCAUAAAGCCCAGACAGGGCGGAGGGUUCUCCCAGCCCCCGUCCCCAACCGAGCCCCUACCCUCCCCCCCGCCAAGCCGUCUUAUUCUUCCUGCCAGCGUAUACCCAGUUCCCCAGCCUGAGCCACAGUACGCCCAGAUACCAAGCUCAGGUCCAGGUCCUUCUGGGGUCUAUGUAGCCCUGACCAAGGAGAGUGGCCGGCAGCAGGGAGUCAGGAGCGAGGGGGUGAGGGAUGAACCAGCAUCAGCUGCAGAAAAUGGCCACCAAAGUAUAACUUCUUCAGCCUAUUCCCGCUCCUCCUAUUCCGGACCCAGCACUUCACAGCUCAGGUCUCGGGUUCCAGAGGCAGACAGUUGGCACCAGCAACCGGAGUCCGACAGCGACGCCCAGAGGCCGUAUGCAAAACCUACUGGAGGGGGAUCCGAGGGUCCGACUCGACCCCAAAAACCUUCCAGAAACUAUGGACCACUCAGCCAGAACUUCCAGGAAUCACUUUUAAGCCAGGAAGACCAACAAGAACAGAACCAUGAACUCAGGAUUAGCCCAGUCCACUCAGUCCCAGAUCUUAGAACCUUACCCUGCCAGGAGAGGAGUGACUCAAGAGACAAGACCCGACCAAGAGACCAGUCUGGUGUUCAUUCAGAACCAUCCGAAUCUUCAAGGGUUGCCCAGGGCCAGGUGCCCCCCACAGCCGGUCCUGGCUCAGCAGCUUCUCAGCACCAGCACUGGAAACACAGAGACUCGGACUUUGAGCAUCCUCUGACCCGCCUGGAGAUUGCUCUCGCUGAGGUCCAACGCUGCGCCAGCCCCAACAGUCAUGGCAGCAAUGGCACCAACAGCCCAGCCCGCAGUCUCUCCGUUCUGGAAAAAAUCAGUCACUUUGAGCGUCGGAAAGAGGGGGGGAAACAACGCAGCCACAGCAGCAACUCCUAUAGCAAAGCUCUACAUAUAGGGAUGACUGAAAAAGGUCGGAGUUCCCCCUGUGGAGCAGAGGACAUCAGAAAUAUGCUGGAGAGGAGCACGAAAGGGACCAAAACCCACAGGACGAUGAGUUACCGAGGAGCCAGCAAUGAAUUCAUGAGGAACAGGACUCCAGCUGAUCCUCUUUCAGCCCUGCAGAGAAGCCGCAGCAGCUUUCAGCUGGAUGGCUCAAAGGAAGGAGAAGUCAACAAGAACUCCCAUUGGCAGCAGGAACUCCAGGAGGUACCGGAUCCCCUGCAGGACACAUCCUCUAGCAGAUCUUGCAAGGAUUCUGUGAGAGCUACCCAGUGCACUUCCUCCAGACAGAGAGACCUAAGCUCCUCAAGUGGUCCUCAGCCUUUCCCCGUUCCUGCUAGGUACCACUCGCUGGAGAAAAAAGGUCCAAAAACCAAGCCCAAACCCCAGAGCAUUGCCAUUACCCAUCACCCACAAGUCACUUCCCCCCAUACGCCGAAGGAGAGGCAUGUGGUCAGCCCAGACAAUGGAGCCCAGAGUCCGCCACCCCUCCCCAGCGUUCCACCCGUUGGACCUCCUCCUUUGACAAGGAUUUGUGGCCGCAAACGUCUGACAGCGGACAAGAAGAAACGCUCCUACUCAGAACCCGAGAAUAUGAAUGAAGUUGGAGUUUCGGAUCCAGAAACGGCUGCCCUCUUCCGACGCGGAGGAGAAACUAGUGUAGCAGACCGACGGAAGAUGUUUGAACUUGCAGCAAGUCAUGUUGGUACUGGAGCUGUGUCGAGGUCUGAUCUACGGCAAGUUCGCCAAGACGCUCUGAUGGAGUACGUGGAGAGGAAGCGAGGAGUCAGGAGAGAAGAGGGGGGGCACAGGAGUGGACCAAGGCCACGCAGUGCGUUUUUCCAGCCUGAGCAGGGCUUCCACACAGACGCGUACAGCCUCUCCUCCAGCUCUAGCCUUCUCUCCGUCCAGGACAUCGGCCAAGAUCAGGGCAUCCUUUCUGAAGAGAGCUCGCUCUGCUCCACCCUUACUCUUGGAUCUGACCUGAGGAGCCUUCAAUCAAACCUUUUCUAUCCAGGCAGGGUGACGACUCCCAGACCUCCAGCUCAACCGAUUCCUGGUUCUCAUUCCAGCUCCAGUCUUGAUCUAAAUACCCAAAUCAUCCAAGAUCUGAAACCUGAAGAAGGAAUAAACAAUUACAGUCGGUCUUCGAGGAAAGAUUUGCACCGAGGCCAAGAAAGGCAAAACGCUGAACCACAACAGAAGCCUGGACUCUCUCCGAAACUCAACGAGGCUUUGCAGAGGGCCGGGUCAGGUCGCAGGUCUGGGAGGUCGGCCUCGGCUGAGGAUCUCCUGGAGCGUUUGGAGAAGCAACACUCACCCAAACACGCUCGCUCUCGCUCGUCUCCAACCACAGAGAAACCUGACCAGAACUUAUUUUCAGGAGAUGUCAAGAUGUUUGGUGUCUCCUUCUCUGAAUCUGGACGCUGUGCUCUGGCUGCAGACAGACCUGUGAACAUCCACGCAUCAGAGAGCCUUAAUCCUCCUCAGUCCUCCCAGCACAGGGACAGCGAUCUCCAGCCUGCAGCGUCUUCUCCAGACGUCUCUCACCCUCCCGUCAGUCGCAGGGAGCGACAGAGGAACGCGGAACGUGUCAAAGCCUACAGCACCUCCACCUUAGCAGCCUCUGUCGGCCUCCCCUGCCCCUUCUCUCCUGCUGAGCGUCAGCAGGAAGGUGGCGCUGCUGAGUGGAGAGCAGCUGAGAGGCUAAGCCAGGCCAACCUGGACUCCAUUUCUUUCCCGGAGGUCCAGCCGACCAGUGAUGGCGAACGAGGGAAAAACGCCGCCGGUGGAAACGGAGACAGACCGACGAGACACAGUCUGAGCGACGGCAGAAUGUUAGACGAAGCGUCGAGGGACGGACACCGAGGCAGAGCCCUCAGUUUGGACUUGAUAGGAAGUACUGCUGAAAACGGCAAACCAGUGUCACCAGUCACAUCGGCCCCGCCACCAUACACCAGUGGGAGCCCCACACCCUCCCAUCAGGUAGCCCAUCCACACCUGUCCUCUCUCAGGAUCUCUGAAUCCAGCCUCCUCGGAUACUUUGAGCAGCAGGAGCUGCAGACGUCAACGGGAAACCUUCAGGGGGAGUUUGAUGAGGUCUUCCUCCAAAAUCCUUCACCUCCUCCUCCCCCUCCCCCUCCUCUAACUCCACCCUUCAGGGACAUGGACAUCAUGGAGGACUUUCCUCCUCCCCCACCUCCUCCAGCUGAGAUGGAACCUGAAUAUCAGCCGUUACAGAGCUCUGACCCAGAGACCGUGAACAUCUCUGAACCGGCCCGGAGGUCCUCGGCUCAGUCCCCUCCUCCCUCAAAGCCGCAGCCGUCCAGCUCCGUCGGUACGUCCACCGACGCCGAGGACGUCUUCGUCUUUGAGUACGACCCGCUACCCAAGAGGGAGAAGACAGCAGAGGAGCUGAGAGUGGAGGCGCUGGCUCGUCAGCUGGUGUUGCAGGAGCGCUCUCUGGCGCCCCUGCUGGACACCUGGGGGGGUGAGAGCACUAUGAAGCUGAUGGAGGAGAUCUUUUCCAACAGCAGCCCGACUGCUGGAGCCCAGGAGGAGCAGAAAGGCGGUUCAUCCCGGAGUGAAAGGAUUCAGCCUGAUAUCUUUGAUGCAGACCAUCGGGGGGAGACCGAUGUGGAUGAGGAGAUGGACCUGAACACCAGGAAGGUGGAGCUCUGUGAGGCCCUGCAGAUCAACCUGGAGGCCCUGCAGCGUGAGAAGAAGGCUCUGUGUGAGGAGCAGAGGGGCCACCGGGCCCUUGGGGCCAACGUGGAGGCGCUGAUUCAGGAACAGCUCAAAACCAACGAGAAGGAGAAGUACAGCAUCUACAUUGGAGAUCUGGAGAGGAUCGUCAACCUGCUGCUGUCUCUGUGCAGCCGCCUGUCCAGAGUGGACAGCGCUUUGCUUUCUCUGGACAGAGAUGAGCUGAUGACGGAGGACGCUGCUGAGGAGAGGGACUCCCUUCAUCACAAACGUUCUCUGCUGCUCCGUCAAACCGAGGAUGCCCGGGAGCUGAAGGAGAACCUGGACCGGCGGCAGCGCGUGGUCAACGCCAUCCUGUCCGGCUACCUCACCGAAACGCAGCUGCAAGACUACCGCCGGUUUGUCAGCGCCAAACCCUCGCUUCUGAUUCGCCAGCGGCACCUCGAUGACCUCAUUCGACGGCGGGAGGAGCAGCUGAGCCGACUGACCGAGAGCCUUCCGGCGGAGCUGACUGAGGCUGGCGGCCGGACGCCAAGCUCAGCCCUGUGUCCCUCAACCCCAAGCCCCGCCCACUCCGUGAGGUCCACUGCUGUGACAUCACUGUGAUGUAAAGAGCAGAACCCUCCGACCUACAGUGUCAUUCUUAGAGGUUUUUAAAGGAUAGAUUCAAAUGAAUGAAUUUAUUAUCCCAUCCAGACCCCAGCUGUCCUUAAAGGGACCUCUUAGGACCCAGCUGUCCUUAAAGGGACAUCUGUCCUUA